AUGGCAACGCCAAACGAUCAGCCGGACAUGAAUCUGAUUGUAAAGCUCUUGGAAGACAUACAACGACACCCGCCGGCCUUUACUGUGAAGACGUUGCUCGCGCAACACUACGUCUCGAUUGGGUGGUUUGACGCCGCUGUAGACUACAUUGCAGAGCUGAAGCGUGAGGCGCCCGGUGAUGCUGAAAUGAAACCUUUGGAAGAGUUUGCGCAUGCGACAAAAGCGGAGAACGGCGUCAAUUCUGGCAACAACUCCCGGAAGGACUUAGUCGAGGGCUACCGCGGUCUGCGUCAGAAGGCGAAGGGCAUCAUCAACGAUCUAUCACGUCUCCAAGCCCAGCAGAGGCAGAUUGGAACACCGAUAUCAGGACUUUCUGCGAGAAUCCAAGCCAUCUUGGUGGGCCAAGUCUCAUCUGGAAUCGUGACUGUCCGGCCGGCGGCCAAUCCUCAGCUCGUGGUGCGCGCGAUCCAGGGCAAUCCUGAAAAGGGUAUGGAUAUUGUAAUCGCUGAUCUUCAGGAUGAUAUAUACUACCAGAGGGCGCAAAAUUGGAGUAGAAAAGGCAAUGCCAGUCAUGCUGAGAAUCCACUGAGAGCUUGGCUAUUUAUGCAUGCCGAGCAUGAGAACCUCAGGCGCCGACUUAACGUCACCGAGACUAAUUACGCGUGGGAUCUAUCCGAGCCUGUACAAGCGAUCACGGCGAACGGCGGCGUGAUGCGUAAUCCGUUGGGCAGAGACAUGUUCACGCCGAAGGAUGGGCGCCGUAUAUUGAUGAGCCCGCAUGGGAAGCCGCUGGAUCAAAUACAGGCCAGACAACCUGAAUAUUCGCAGGGCGUGAGUCCGGAGACAAUUCAACGAUUAGAGGAAUUGGCAGACGUAAUGCUAGGCGAAGAGGAGAGAGAUCAGAUGACGAGUCGUAGGGAGAUAGGCGAUUUCCAGGCUUAUUUCACUACUUUACUAGACCGCAAGCAGAAGACUGUAGAGGCGUUCAGAUGCCCCGCUUAUGACACGCACACCGGCGACGCUAAAGCUACUGAGCUGUGCAUUCACAAAGCUGGGAAAUUCACCACGCAGGUUGCGGCCCACUUGAUGAAGAAAUGGGGAGAGCUGGGGCCGCCUAAAGGCUGUGUGGUUAUAUGA